CGACACGCCAGACCUGUUUGGCUGCCCAGUACUCCAUCCACUCGAGAGAUCCCCAAAAAGGGACCUCUCAUCGUCUUUCCUUAUUUUCUUCAUCCGAAUUCCAUAGACAAAAGAAAAAAAAAAACUGCUCUGUGUAUAUUAGUACAGUCCUCGUAUCCAUUUCGCAGUACGAAUUAGGGUUUUUUUGAGGUUUCACUUGGCAAAUAGGUGAUAGGGAGAGCCAAAGUCCCGGCCAUGUCAGCUCUGUAUCGAUCGUCGACUGCUUUGUCAAAGAGCGGUCUUCCUCCAAAAGAACUGCUCGAUGAUCUCUGCAGUCGAUUUGUUUUAAAUGUGCCGAAAGAAGACCAGCAAUCAUUUGAGAGAAUUCUUUUUCUUGUGGAGUAUGCUCAUUGGUUCUACGAGGAUAAUACCGUAGAAAAAAAUCCAUCACUGAAAUCUUUGACUUUGAAGGAGUUCACUUCUUUAUUGUUUAACAGUUGUGAUGUUUUGAGACCAUAUGUUGCUCAUAUUGAUGACAUAUUUAAGGACUUCACUUCUUACAAGGUCCGAGUUCCUGUAACAGGGGCAAUCAUAUUGGAUGAAACUUUUGAGCGGGUAAGGCUUUUUCAAAAUUUUCUUUGUAGUGAUCUUUUAGUUCUUCAGUUCUCCUUCAUGUUUGCUGAUAGUAUACUUUUUGUGUCUCAUAUACAGGUCCAGGAGGAAACCGGAUUUGAUGUUUCAAAACUACUAAAGAAGGAUGAAUUCAUUGAAUUGAUAUUUGGGCAGCAGAGAGUACGGCUCUACAUAAUUGCUGGUGUGAGGGACGAUACUGCAUUUGCCCCACAAACUAAAAAAGAGAUCAGUGAAAUUGCAUGGCAUCGAAUUGAUGAUCUUCAGGCAGCAAGUGAUCAUGUAAUAUCACGUGGGGUCACUGGCCUCAAGCUUUAUAUGGUGUCCCCUUUUUUGCUAUCUUUGAAAUCUUGGAUUUCAGUGCACCAGCCUCCCGUGGCUCGGAGACCUGAUAUGCCCCUCAAAGGAAUCUGCGUGUGGAAAGCAAAGAACAGUUCCGUAGGGAGCAGCAUACCGGUAGCUGAGAGCCAAUCAGCGAAACCAGUAUCUGAUCGGCCACCCGAGACUGGUGCUGGCAAGAGUUUCAGAAACUUUAAAUUCAAUACUGCUGCAAUCUUGCAAGCAAUGGAAGCUGGUUUUUCUUCUUAGAAGGUCAAAUUUCAGUUUCUUUGGAAAAAAUUUUAGUGUUACACACCUAUAUUAGUGUUUCACCCCUUCACCUGUAAUAUUCAACAAUGAUUGAUGAGGUUAAACUUCAAAAUUAGUAGCCAUACACAGGUUGUACAUUGUCAUCUGUGUCAUUUCUGGUUUCAGGUUUAUAUAAUAUAUAAUAGUUUGCAGCCUGUACAGUAACACCCUUUGGGUCGGAAUACCUGUUCAUUUGGUAAACUGUGUACAAUCCCUCACCCUUUUCCCCCCAAGUUGACUGUGGUCUCUAUACUGAGAAUUUGAGACACCGCCUCCAUUAAUGCUUUUGAGUACAUUUUAUGUUGAA